AACAGUGGUUCUUAUCUGGAGGCGGCAUCACACGGGACUCUUCCAUCCCCUGCUACUAACAGUGUUUACUACUACUCGGCCUCAACCCUGAAGAAGAAAUCGGAAAUUCAUCUUUCUGUGUGGACAAUAGCGGUGAGUGAUUGAGCAGCAACAGCAGCAGCAAUAACCGCCAAAAUACUACACACUACACAAAGUGUGUGCGUGUGAGUUAAUUUUGCGUAAGUUCGAUGCGUGUGCGUGUACCUGAAUGAGUGAAGUGUGGUAAGCGAAAAAGGCAAGUGUGGCUUUAUAAACAUACACACACACACACAAACACGCCCGCAAAGACCAGCAACAGCAAAAGCAAAAGCGAUUCCGGUGGAAGCGAACUUGCCCAAAACAAACAGAAAACAAACGAACACAAAAAACAGACAAAAACCCCCGCUCUCCCCCAUUGUCGCCGCCCUCACAUGCAAGCCCGCACAGCCGUCAGGAUGAAGCAAGAAGUGGCGGUCGGCAUGUACGUGGACGAGGAUCGGGACGUGUACAUGAUCGAGCGGAAGGACACGAUCGUCGACAUCAUCCGGAUGCAGCAGAAGGCGGGCCUGUGGCAGACGCUGUCGGUCGACCUGGUCGACUGCGGGCCGGGCAGCCGGGAGGGCGACAACUACAUGUCGAUCAUCAAGCGGGUAAAGGCCCACUGUAAGGCGAAAUCGGUCGACGGGCGAAACCACGUGUUUACGAUUUCGCUGAUUUUUAAGCGUCAAAUUACCAACCCGAACCGGCGCCGGCUGUUCCGCUGCGAUGCCGCGUUCGAGAACGAGAUCACCGCGUACGCGAGCAUCGUCCCGGUGCUGCAGCGGAUAUCGCCGUACGAUCUGCCGUACCCGAAGUGCGUGACGGCCGGCAGCGACGAGCACGGCGAUCGGAUCGUGCUGGAGGAUCUGACCACGAGCGGGUACGCCAUGCUCGAUCGACGGGUUGGGCUGAGCUACGAACACUGCAUUGCGGUGAUGAAGGAGCUGGCGAAACUGCAUGCCGUCUCGCUCGCGAUGAAGCACGCGCACCCGCACGAGUACGCCGACGUCUGCUCGAAGAUCCGCGAGAUCGUGUACUGUCCGGAGGCGGCCGAGUUCUACACACAUUCCCUCGAGUCGUCGCUGCGGGGCGCCCUGGACAGCCUGCGGUACAGCAACGGCGAGCAGGGCGAGCUGGACGGCCCGAUCCGGGCGGUGGAGGGGCUGACCGGCCGGCUGUACCGCAUCAUGUCCGGGCUGGUGUGCGACGGCAUCGACGAGGGCUGGCGCGUCAUCUGCCACGGCGACACCUGGGUGAACAAUCUGAUGUUUAGCGCGGACCGGCAGCACGUCCGGCUGAUCGACCUGCAGACGAUGCGCUGCACCACCCCGGUGCUGGACAUACUGCACCUGCUGUACACGAGCACGGAGCACUCGAUGCGCCGGCAGUACGUGACCGAGCUGCUGCUGCAGUACCGCCAGUCGCUGCUCGAGGCGCUGGGCGAGCAUUUCUGCGCGUGCGAGGAACCGGCCGCGGCCGCCGCGCUGCUGCGCCGCUACGCGGAGCAGUUUUCGUACGGCCGGCUGCGGGCCGAGUACGAUCGCUGCCUGCCGUACGGGCUCGGCAUCGCGAUGUGGCUGCUGCCGGCCGUCACCUUCAACCCGGACAAGAUACCGGACCUGGACGCGGUCACGAUUCAAGAUUUCAAGACGAAGAAGCACGACAAGCGCAUCGCCCAGAUCGUCUCGAACGACUACCACACGCGGAUGCGCGACAUUGUCCUGGAAAUGUACGAUCAAGGCGUGCUGCAGCGGCUCAAGAGCGACCGCAUCUAGGGCGGAUGUUGGGCAUUUCUCUCUGUGUGGUGGCAUUGCAUUCGCGACUGGAGCGUCUAUGUGCCAGAAACGCUGUCCGAAUGGGGGAAGAAGUAGACGGGGGAGGGAAUGGCGAACGGGGGACAUGGGCGAGAUAGUGGCACGGUGUUGGAUUCAAGGGCGCGCUCGGUGCAACAUUUCGAUGUCGCCCAUCCAGUACAGUCAACCCGUUUUGUGUACCUUCCAUCACCACCACCGCCGCCGCCACGAUCACCGCCUCCCCCGGGCGGCCACUGUACAGUGUUUGUGUUAUGCUUUAGUCAGUAGAAAGAACAACAAAUCCUAGAAAUAGUACCGUACCCGGUUAGUGCGCAUUUCAGGCGUCUUAUGUGUGCGUUUGUAUGUAUGUGUAUGUGUGUGUGUGUGUGGUUGUGUAUUAAGUCGACAAUCACCGCACGACGCCCGGUUCCGAAAGAUAGUGCAACCGACAGCAACUAACGACCAACAACAAAAACGCAACGUUUACAAUUCCGCUCCGCGAUUGGCAUCGGAUGGCGAUUGCGCAAUUGCAAAAAGAAGAAGAAGAAGAAGAAAAACUAAACGAAACCGGGCGAGCGGACAGAACCGGAAGAUCGAUUCCCGAUCGAUUUGCCGGUGGAAUACAAAUUUGUGCCUACGCAUGCGGUGGGCACCACUUGCCACGUGGUGUGUGCACCCGCUCACUGCUGGGAUAGAUUGGAGCAGUGUUUGCUAGAUCAGUAGUUACCAAUUAAACCUGUUGUUGAUGCGAUAAGCAAGAAACAAAACCGCCUAGCGUAAGAUGAUCUGUUUUUGUUCGAUUCAAUAAACAGCUGUUACUACA